AAAUAAAUGCCAUAAUGCAACGGGGCAUCGAAUCGUACUUCAAGCCGCAGGGUAUUAAACCGAAGAAGGCGGACAACGGAGUCGCCGAGACGCCAACAAAGGCGCCAAAACGCCGCAAGCCUCUGGUAAUAUCAAGCGACGAGGACGAGGUGGCCGCCAGUCCCCAGGAAUCCAAGAAACGCAAGACCUCCAAGGUGAUAUCAAGCGAUGAAGAAAAUAAAAAGGUCAAAAAUGGCAAAAAACCGACCUUGUCAAAGCUGAAGAAGCACGUGGAUCCUUCGGAACUAUUUGGUGGAGAAACCAAGCGGGUGGUGAUACCAAAGCCAAAGACCAAGGCGGUUCUGGAGUUUGAAAAUGAGGAGAUCGACAAGAGUCUCAUGGAAGUGGACCUGGAAGAGAGUUUAAGGGCCACGGAGGAAGUGGAGACAGAUUCCAAAACGGAAAAGAAAUCUACAUCCGAGGAAAAACCUAAAAUAAAUAGUCCGGAAUCUGCCAAACCGAAGGCUGCUAAGCCAAAAGCCGCCACUCCGCGGGCUAAAAAAGCGAAGCCUCCGGUGGAUCUGGAGACCAGUGUUUUAUCGGACGAAGAACGCCACGAACGGAAACGCAUGUCUGCUGUACUGUACCAGAAAUACAAGAAUCGCAGCAGUUGCCUGAAUCCAGGCAGUAAGGAAAUCCCAAAAGGAUCGGCCAACUGCCUUAGUGGUCUGACCUUCGUCGUCACCGGAGUCCUCGAGUCCAUGGAGCGCGAGGAGGCCGAGGCCGUGAUCAAGGAGUACGGUGGCAAAGUGAUGACAGUGGUGGGCAAGAAGCUUAAGUAUCUGGUAGUAGGGGAAGAAGCAGGACCCAAGAAAUUGGCCGUUGCUGAAGAGCUCAACAUACCCAUUCUCAGCGAAGAUGGUUUAUUUGACCUAAUCAGGGAAAAGUCAGGCCUAUCCAAGCCGGUUAAGGAGGAAAAAUUGAGCCCCAACGAGCGCCAGCAGAGCUCAAGCAAAGAAAAGGUGAAAACCGAAGAGAAAUCUGUCGCCACCAAGUCAAAGGUUAAAGAAGAGAAACAGGAAACUAAACCCAAAAUAAAGGAAGAAAAGACUGCUACCAAGCAUAAAAUCAAGGAGGAACACAUUACUUCCCCCGUGGCCAAGAAGACAAAACACGAUGGGGAACCAGCCCCAGCCGUCACACACAAGGUAAAGAAAGAGCCAAGUUCUCAGCCUCCGGUUAUAAAAGCCCCCGAACCCAAGAAGCUGGAUGAGGCUAGUGUGGCAUGGGUGGACAAACACAAGCCCACGAACAUAAAGGAGAUUGUGGGACAGGCAGGAGCCGCCAGCAAUGUGACAAAACUAAUGAAUUGGUUGACUAAGUGGUAUGUUAACCACGACGGCAAGAACAAGCCUCAACGACCUAAUCCGUGGGCGAAGAAUGAUGAUGGCAGCUUCUACAAGGCGGCCCUGCUGUCAGGACCGCCAGGAAUCGGAAAGACCACGACUGCCACUUUGGUGGCCAAGGAGUUGGGAUUCGAUGCCGUGGAGUUUAAUGCCUCAGAUACGCGCAGCAAACGCCUGCUCAAGGAUGAAGUAUCUACCCUUUUGAGCAAUAAAUCUCUUUCGGGAUACUUUAGCGGCCAGGGACAGGCAGUGUCCAGAAAGCAUGUGCUUAUCAUGGACGAGGUGGAUGGGAUGGCCGGUAACGAGGAUCGCGGUGGCAUGCAGGAGCUUAUCGCAUUGAUUAAGGACAGCUCAAUUCCUAUAAUAUGCAUGUGUAAUGAUCGCACUCAUCCAAAGAUCCGAUCGUUGGUCAAUUACUGCUAUGACCUGCGAUUCCAGAGACCGCGUCUCGAACAGAUCAAAGGUAAAAUCAUGAGCAUCUGCUUCAAGGAGAAGGUGAAAAUAACGCCUGCCAAGGUGGAGGAGAUAAUAUCUGCCACCAACAACGAUAUCCGCCAGUCUAUCAAUCACAUUGCUCUGCUCAGUGCAAAGGAGGAUACAUCCGGCCAAACGGGCCAGUAUGUGGCCAGCAAGGAUCUCAAGCUGGGUCCUUGGGAGGUGGUGCGAAAAGUAUUCACAGCCGAGGAGCACAAGCGCAUGAGCUUUGCCGACAAAUCCGACCUUUUCUUCCACGACUACAGCCUGGCCCCGCUGUUUGUGCAGCAAAACUACCUUCAGGUGACACCGCAGGGCAACGCGAAGGAUGUGCUGGCUAAAGUGGCGGCUACGGCAGAUGCGCUUAGUCUCGGCGAUCUUAUCGAUAAGCGUAUACGUGCGAAUUCUGCUUGGAGUCUUUUGCCCACUCAGGCCUUUUUUAGUUCAGUGCUGCCUGGUGAGCACAUGAGCGGCCACUUCACUGGCCAAAUCAACUUCCCUGGCUGGCUAGGAAAGAAUUCCAAAUCGGGAAAACGAGCCAGACUCGCUCAGGAAAUCCAUGAUCAUACUAGGGUGUGCACCUCAGGCUCUAGGUUAUCUGUGCGGCUGGAUUACGCACCAUUCUUGCUAAAUAAUAUUUGCCGGCCUCUAGCAAAGGAGGGGCAAGAAGGUGUGCCGGCUGCGAUUGAAGUCAUGAAGGAUUACCAUCUACUACGCGAGGAUCUUGAUUCGCUGGUCGAGUUGACUUCGUGGCCGGGCAAGAAAUCGCCCCUGGAUGCCGUUGAUGGUAGAGUAAAGGCCGCAAUGACGCGAACCUACAACAAGGAAGUAAUGGCCUACUCCUAUUCCGCUCAAGCUGGAAUUAAGAAGAAAAAAGGAGAGGCUGCUGGUGGCGGCGAUGAGGACUACUUGGGUGCAGAUGACGGAGACGAAGAGGGCAGCGGAACUAGAGCCGAUUCGGAGGACGAUGAGGAUAAGGAUAACUUGGAACUAGAUGGUCUUAUAAAGACUAAGAAGAAAUCCACAGCAGCCAGCACGUCGAAAGCAGCUGGUAGUUCCAAAAAGGCAACAUCAUCCACAACUUCGAAGUCCAAGGCAAAGGCUAAAAAAUAAAGCCAAUAAAAACCAAACUUUCUUCAAAUUAUUUCAUGAAUCAUUGCUCCCAGCCAGAAAUCUCUCCAAAGAUGCAAAACUUCAUGUUGAACAUUUAAAUCUAUGUUGUUAAACAUUUCUAUAAAUACACAAAUAAAAUAAGUGCUUGCCGUUUACAAGAAUUA